AUGCAAGCCUGGGACGAGGUCGGAAAAAGCGAAGGGCAGCCGGGAGAUUCAUUGAUGUCUGGAAUGACAGGGCCGCUGCCGCCGGACCUAGCCUCCCAGGAACAAGCCCGCGACGUGCCGUUCCACAGUCUUAGAAGGUUGCCGAACCGUGGCAAUGGCAAUGGGUUAUCGGAAGAGACCACCAUCUAUACUGAGACCAGGAUGUUGCAGGAUCAAACUCGGCGGCUCCUGUACAUCGGGGACGCAUCUACCUUGUCGAUCUUGCAGUUGAUUCGCAUCAUUGUCGAGAACACUGCUGGAUCCGAGAUGGGCCAUCCGUUCAUCGAUGAUCCUAAUCGGCACCGUAUCAUGGAGCCCAUAAUAGACUUCCCCGAAAACACCCGAAUUCCCUGCCCUCUUCCGGACGAAGAUACCGCUGGCAUCCUCAUAGACUCAUAUUUCACUAACACCUGUGGUCUUGUCGAGAUUUUCGAUAAGCAAGAAUUCCUCCAGUCGGUCGAUUUGUGCUACAGGGAUCCGCCAUCAUCAGACCGGUACUUCCUAUGCCACUUGUUUUUGGUCCUCGCUCUUGGUCUGUUACUGGCUGCUCCGCCACCUGGCAGCCCGGAAGAGGCAGUGAUACAAAAGCAGCUCUCAGCCAAACCAGACAGGGCAGAGCUGUUCUUCCGAAGCGCCAGAUCCAUGUGCGAUCCGGGUGCCGGCUUUGAGGAUGCCGACUUCUGGUCGAUACAGGCGCUUUCACUGAUGACCAUCUACAUGCUAGUAGUGUCCAAGAGGAAUACGGCAUACGCAUACCUAGGGAUGGCUGUCCGCUCUGCCUAUGCAUUGGGCUUGCACAGGGAAGAGACUAUGUGCGAGGUUAUUUACACGCCCGUUCAAAUGCGAGUCAGGCGGAAUCUGUGGAAGACCUUAUUUGUUCUAGAUCGGUUUCUGGCCGCAACCCUCGGUAGACCGACUGCGAUUUCCGAAGACGACUGCUCGUGCAUCAUCAUACCGGAUGCGAGUGCGACUAACUUGCAGGCUGCAGGCGAAGCAGAGCCCGACCACAUCCAUAUCAGCAGCCUAAACGCUUGCGUCGCCACCAGCCGUGUCAUUGGUGUGACGCUAAAGGUGUUCUCACGGAGAAAAAUCUCAACCGCAAAGGUCCAGGAGAUCAUUGAUAUGUCCGGCGACUGGGACCAAGCCUCACGCCUGACAUUAUACCGGCGACAGUCAGCUGGUGGUCCAGCGGAUCCAGCCUACGGCAUAGCAUCCCUCCACGUGAACCUCCUCUCGUUGCAUUCUUUGAUACUCCUCACCCGGCAGCUCUUUGUGAUGCACAACUGGAAGCUAGUAGAGCAGCGGUCAGGAAUCAAGAAGCACUCUCCGAUCCGCGAGUCGCCUAUGGCCAGAUUUUCAGAAGCUUGUGUCGUUGCUUCCUACCGGACGAUCAAGCUUGUCCAGAGCGCUCGAGAGGACGGCUACCUGCCCCGCCGAAACCCGUUCAUCAUAUACUUCAUUUUCGCCGCGAGCCUCGUCAUCCUCAUGAACCAAUUCUCGUCGCUGUACUCCACUAGAGAAUAUGAGCAUACCAUGUCCAAUGCCAUCGACAUCAUGAAAUACUGUGCUGAGAUUGACCCACAAGCACAACGGGUCCUCGACAUCAUGGAGAGAUUUGCGGAGACCGUUAGGAAAUGGACCAAGAACCACACAUACGAGGCGCCCGAGCUUUCGGGGGAUCUAAGCUGCCUCAACACCCAGGCUUCCACCACUCGGCCUCCUCCUGAUCGUUCAGUGCUAGGGUCUUCAAUGCCGGGCGUUUCAGGAGGACAAGGACCUUCCCAUCAAGUUAACUUAGCGGACCGAGGGUUGCUGACUCCGCCAACAAUACCGAAGGUACCACUCCUCCAGAUGCUGUCUACCCAGCCACCGACGGCCGUGUCGGACGCACAAAUGAAUGCAAUGUCGCCACAGCAAACGACUGUCCCCCCUCUAUCCCUCGUCGGGUCGCGGCCGAGCGUGUCCGCUCAUUCCUCGAUUGAAGGCUCGGAAUCACUAAACGGAAAUAUCGAGUUUGAAUUUGACCGUUUAUGGAACAGCUUCAUCAACCACCUUCCGCCCGUCUCCACGGUCGCACCGGGUAUUAAUCCUGUUGCGCCCCAGUUCCCCCCAGCAGUGGUUGGUCCGCCGACUGAGCCUUUCGGUGCGUACUCGAUUCCUACGGAACCGCGGAUGCCUCCUCCGACCCGGUUUGCCGGUAAUCCCCCGCUGUUCCUCUCAAACUUUGGCUGA